AUGUCUUCAGAUGAAUUUAAACAGUUGAAAGAUCAAGUGAAAUUACUUGAAAGCCAUUUAAAAGUAUUUCAAAAUCAUCUUUACAUACUACAAAAUGAUUUCCAAUACAACCAAAAGAAUUACCAACUGGAGAUUGCAAAACAACAAAAUCAAAUCACAAACCUGGCUUCAUUAGUGUUGGACAUUGUUAAAGAUAAUCGUCAUGUUGAAGAAGCUAGAGAGAACCAAGUACUUCAAAAGAUCACAAAUAUUUUAAAUAUUGAUGUAACUAAUGAAUUUGCAAGCCUUACAGGUGCUGGUGGCACUUCUGGCACAAAUCCUUUGAAUAGUGAUAGUCUGUCUUCAAUUGCUGGCCUGACUUUAAAUCCAUCAUCAGGUUCAAAUCAAAGUUCAAAUGGUUCAACAUCAAAUCCAAAUUCAUUUUUGAACCCUCAUAACAGAGUGAAUAGUAACGAUCAAAACUUGUUGACACCUUCAUCUAAUCAAUUGUCCAUUCAGCAACAGAUUCAACAAAGUCAACAACAACAGCAUCAUCAACAACAACAGCAGCACCUUAUACCUCAACAUCAAAGACAAAUUCAACCACAACAACAACAGCAACAGCAACAACAACAACAACAGCAGCAACAACAAAACCAUCCUCUCCAACAGCAAUCAUUAGCUGCCUUGCAACAAUCUUUUCAACAGCAGCAACAACAACAACGUCAGAUGCACCAACAACAACAGCAGCAGCUUCAACAACAACACCAUCAGCAACAACAGCAGCACCACCAGCACCAUCAACAGCAACAGAAACGCAAGGCUAACAAACAAAGAGAAUCAGAACCAGAAACGACAGAUGCUGCUGCGUUGUUGGAUGAUGAUGACCCUUUAGAUGGUUAUACUCAAGAAACUCAACAACAACGAAAACCAAUUCAACAACUACGACCAUCAUUAUCAAACCAGGCCCAGAUCUCUUCAGCUCGUCAUAUUCCAAUUGCGAUAAAUCCAAACUCUGAACCACCCAUUACUGAAUCUCCAAAAAGACGUAAAGUUUAUGAAAAAGAUUAUGCUUUCAUUAAAGCACCAUCUUCAGUUGAAGAAAUUUGGAAUGAGUAUUCUGUUGGGUUAAACAAUCAACCUUCUAUAAGACAAUUGGAGGAAGAAUAUAAAACUGGUUGGCGUCGUGAUCCUGCAACGUCUAAAAAAUUCAAUAGAAGAAAGGCAAUCUAUAGGGCUAUUGAGAAAGGUUUAGAAAAAGGUUAUUCAUUACAGAAUUGUAUUCAAUUGUUGGAAGAUUAUAGAUAUAUUGAUCGUGAAAAGAAUUUAAAACAACCAAUUGGUUGGUUAUGUCAUGGUAAUUUGCCAGAGGAAUUGAAAUGA